GCAAUUAUUCGUGUAUCAACGUCGAUAAUUGGAUUUGAGCUGACCUGUUUAAACCUCCAUCACCUCUCUCUCAAUCUCCUUUAACCGUCAUUCUCUCGUCUCCUCUUUCUCUCUUCCCAUUGAGGAAGAUGGCCACCGCUGCCGGCCGGGAACGUCCCGAGGACGGGUUCCCCGGAACCCCGACCGCGGCGACGAAGUCCAUCGACUGCUACCCUGCCAUGUUGACCACCUCCGCCGGCAUAUGGCUCGGCGACAACCCCCUCCGCUUCUCCUUGCCCAUUCUAUUCUACCAGAUCAUCAUCAUCUUCGUCGUCUCCAACCUUACGCACGUCGUCCUCGCCCGUCUCCGCCAACCCUUGGUCAUGUCUCAGAUCGUGGCAGGCAUGCUGUUAGGCCCCAGUUUCCUAGGCCGGAACAUGUGGCUUCCGAAGGAACUCUUUCCCCGUCAGAGCUUUGAGCAGCUGGAGACCAUCGCCGUCUUCUCCAUGAUGAUCUUCCUCUUCGUAAUCGGAGUGAAGGCGGACCUGGGCAUGAUCCCCAAGGCGGGCAAGAAGGCGGUGUUCAUCGCCGUGCUCGGCACCCUGCUUCCCUACGUGUCCGUCUACGGCAUGGUCACGGCGCUGAAGCACGAGUUGCCGCCCCGCUUCCGGAAUACUCCCCUUCUCCUCGUCAUGUCCGACAAAUGGUGCCUGACGUCCUACGCCGUCCUCUCCUGCUUCCUCAGCGACCUCGACCUCCUGACCUCCAAACUCGGCCGCCUGGCCAUGUCGGCCACCCUCAUCGCCGACUUCAUCCACCUGUUCGCUGACGCCUGCAUCGGCACCUAUUUGCUGGCCGCGAAGCAGGGCGACCCGAUGAAGGGCAUCACGGGCCCCGUGGCCUUCUUUGGCAUGGUGGGGUUCAUCAUGUUAAUCAUGCGGCCGCUGGUGCUCUGGCUCAUACGGCGGACGCCGGAGGGGGCACUUCUCAGCGAGGCCAGCCAAGUGGCGGUGCUGCUGAUGGCGCUGGCCUGCGGGCUGAUGAGCUCGAUCAUCGGGUUCGAUUUCUUCGCGGGGCCUUUCUUCUUCGGGCUGGUGCUGCCGGGGGGAGCGCCGCUGGGGACGACGUUGGUGGAGCGCGUCAGGUUGGUGACGGGGUUGCUGAUGCCGGUGUCCAUGGCGCUCGCCGGGUUGAGGAUGGACCUGGCGUCGGUGACCGAACCCGCCCAGUGGGCGUGGCUCGAGGGGUUCAUGGUGUUAUGCGUCGUGGCCAAGUUCGUGGGCGUCAUCCUGCCCUGCGCCUACUGCAACAUGCCGCACCGCGAGUCCGUCUCCCUCGCCCUCAUGAUGAUCACCAAGGGCAUUUAUGAAGUAGGAAACGCUCUCGGGUGGAGACAGGCUCAGGUGCUUGCUGCAUCUACCCUUUAUUUGCCUACAACUUAUAUGAACACACACUCGUUCGAAGAACUUAAUUGUACAAGUCCAAAUUGGUUGUCAUCGAAACCAAUUUUCCCUAUCUUUAUGAGAAUAAAAAAUAUUGUUAUUGUUGUGGACUGCAGCUCGUGGAUGACCAGCUCUAUACCGUGAUCAUCAUCUCCAUUUUCGUCUUCGGCGGCAGCACCGCCCCACUGGUCAAGUACUUGUACCGGCCGGAGGAUCGCUACGUGGCAUUCAAGCGCCGCACUCUCCAGCACGCCACGCCCGACGACGAGCUCCGCAUCUUGGCGUGCGUC